AAUAACUCGAAAGAGGGUAUUUGUGCUGUUUAUUCAAUUUUUCGUCUGAAAAUUUGACAUAUUCGAUUUUAUUUAAGGAAUUCCUAUAUUCAUAAUGAUACUGAGUUGUACUAAACAAUACUUCAUGUAUGCUAAUUUAAUUAUCAUUUCAAUUUUUCAAAAUGUGGUUUGUCAAGAGUUAAGUGCUCGUAUUUCAUUAACGACAAAGGGAGAAGGAUUUCAUAGGUUCUUAAUGUAUGAAAUAAAUUUAGAUGAUUUGAUCGAUGACUGUUAUAUUGCACUUUAUUUGCGACUACCACCUGCCUUAUAUACUAGUAUAGAUGAACUAAAUGAUCUAAAACGAUCAGGAGUUAAUACUAUAUGUAGUUUGGGAGAAACUAAUGUUGAAUUAUUUAUGGAAAAAGCAAACUCUCAAAGUGUAACCAUUUGUUCACCUUUGACCAGCAAAAAGUUUAUUUUCAACUUUCCCAUUCACCAGCGUUAUCAGUAUGCUAGUGACAAUAAUAAAUACAUGAAUAUUACUUUGCCAAAACCAAAUUUACUUUUGGGUUGUAAAAAGAGAAUCAAAGAAUAUAGAAUUUCUACAAUUGAUUUGUGUCCUCCCUGUGUAGAAGUUGUAAAUAAAUGGAGAGAAAUUCCAUAUAUUAUGGAUACUGGAAAUGUUACAUGGACAAUACCAGUUGGUAACUCGUCUAUAUUAACUACAAUAACCUACACUACAUUAAUAUCAACAAUAUUGUGUUCAUUAUUCCUUAUGAAAACAAUUUGUAAAUCUGCGUUUAUUAAACACGAGAAGGAAGAAUGAUAUAUUUAUAAUAUGUCAUAACUAAUAAUACAACCAGAUAGUGCAUGUCUAAUUUGCGAACUAUCAUUACAAAAAUUCAUUAUGUGAUAAUAAAUAAAGAUUUGUAUUAAUUUUUACUAAAA